CCCAAACGUGCGUGUCUGGACCAAUGGGAGAUGAGCUAAUUUUGCACCACGCUUUUCUCAUAUGGAGAACAUAUCUGGUUGCACCCGUUUAAAAAGUGCUUCUACUUAUUUUCACUUUACAGAACGGAUUUCGGACAUAAAAACCUGAAAACGUUCUGCUGAUCACCGUCGUCCCGAACCAGCUUAAUCAUGCCGAGAAAAUUCGAAGAACCAAGUGAUGAUCCUGACCCAGCCGAAUUCUUGUUCGUCUCUUUGGAACAAAAGAGAAAAGACCAAACUAAGCCAUACGAUGGCAAGAAGAUGGUAUGGGUGCCGGAUGACAAAGAAGGCUUCGUUCUUGGAAACAUUGUUUCAACGAAAGGUGAUAUGUGCACUGUCGAUGUUAAAGGAGACGAGAAACAAGUGAAAAAAGAACACCUUCAGCAAGUAAACCCUCCUAAAUAUGAAAAAACCGAAGAUAUGUCCAAUCUUACUUAUCUUAAUGACCCUAGUGUCCUUUACAACUUAAAAGAAAGAUACUAUGCCAAACUCAUCUACACGUAUUCCGGCUUGUUCUGCGUUGCAAUCAAUCCUUACAAGCGAUUUCCUAUUUACACAAACCGUGUAGUUCAAAUGUAUAAAGGCAAGCGACGAGGAGAAAUGCCACCACACAUAUUUGCCGUCUCAGAUGGUUCUUACAACGACAUGUUACAAAAUCGAGAAAACCAGUCUAUGUUAAUUACAGGAGAAUCUGGUGCUGGUAAAACGGAAAAUACCAAGAAAGUUAUUGCUUAUUUUGCAAACGUGGGAGCUGCUUCUUCGAAAUCUGCCAAAGACAAGAAAGACGCGUCUAAAAAGGGCAACUUAGAAGAUCAAGUCAUUCAAACUAAUCCAGUUCUGGAAGCUUUUGGUAACGCUAAGACUGUGAGAAAUGACAACUCUUCCAGAUUUGGUAAAUUUAUUCGAAUUCAUUUUGGACCAAUGGGGAAACUUGCUGGUGCAGAUAUCGAAACAUAUUUACUUGAAAAAGCUCGUGUGAUAUCUCAACAACCAUUGGAACGUUCUUAUCAUAUAUUUUACCAAAUCAUGUCAGGAAAAAUCAAAAAGUUAAAAGAAAAAGUUCUUCUUUCCAACAAUGUCCGAGAUUAUCAUUUUGUGUCUCAAGGUAAAACCGAUAUCGAAGGAGUAGAUGAUGGUGAAGAUAUGUUAGUAACUGACAAUGGUUUUGAUGUGUUGGGCUUCACUGAUGAAGAGAAACUCAAUAUUUACAAAAUUACUGCAUCAGUCAUGCAUUUGGGAGAGUUGCACUUUAAACAAAGACCUCGUGAAGAGCAAGCUGAAGCUGAUGGAACUGAAGCUGGAGAAAAAGUUGCACAUUUAUUAGGCCUCAAUGCUGCUGAUAUGUAUAAAAACUUGCUUAAGCCAAAAAUCAGAGUUGGAAAUGAAUUGGUUACUCAAGGAAGAAACAAGGAACAGGUUGUUUAUUCAGUGGGUGCUUUAUCUAAGGCCAUGUAUGAUAGGCUAUUCAAAUGGCUAGUAAAACGAGUAAAUGAAACAUUAGAUACCAAGCAAAAGAGACAAUAUUUUAUUGGUGUAUUGGAUAUUGCUGGUUUUGAAAUCUUUGAUUUCAAUAGCUUUGAGCAAUUGUGCAUCAACUUUACAAAUGAAAAGUUGCAACAAUUUUUCAAUCAUCACAUGUUUGUUUUGGAACAAGAAGAAUAUAAGCGUGAAGGCAUUGAAUGGACUUUUAUAGAUUUUGGCUUGGAUCUACAAGCUUGUAUUGAUCUAAUUGAAAAGCCUAUGGGUGUUCUAUCAAUCUUAGAGGAAGAAUCCAUGUUUCCUAAGGCAAGUGACAAGACUUUUGAAGAGAAACUGAAAACUAAUCAUCUUGGUAAAUCUCCAAAUUUUGUUAAACCGAAACCUCCUAAGCCUGGACAACAAGAAGCUCACUUUGCUAUUGUUCACUAUGCUGGAACAGUACCAUACAAUCUUUGUGGAUGGUUGGAGAAGAAUAAGGAUCCUCUUAAUGAUACCGUAGUUGAGCAAUUUAAACAUGCAUCUAACAAAUUGCUCAAUGAUAUUUUUGAAGAUCACUCUGGCUUGGGAGCUGAUGAUCCUAAAAAAGGUGGUGGUCGUAAGAAGGGCUCCGGUUUCCAGACUGUGUCCAAUUUGUACAAAGAACAAUUGAACAAAUUGAUGGCCACAUUAAGAUCUACUCAACCUCAUUUCGUCCGUUGUAUCAUUCCUAAUGAAACAAAAUCUCCAGGUGUUAUCGAUUCACAUUUAGUAAUGCAUCAAUUGACUUGCAAUGGUGUAUUAGAAGGUAUUCGUAUUUGCCGUAAAGGAUUUCCAAACAGAAUGGUUUAUCCAGACUUCAAGCACAGAUAUACUAUAUUGGCUCCAAAUUCAUUCCCACAAGGUUUUGUUGAUGCUAAAAAAGUCACAGAAUGCAUUCUUACAGCUAUUCAACUAGAAGCAAAUGACUAUAGAUUGGGGCAUACCAAGGUAUUCUUUAGAGCCGGUGUCUUAGGUAGACUUGAAGAAAUGAGAGAUGAACGACUAGGGAAAAUCAUUACAUGGCUACAGGCUUGGAUUAGAUGGUAUGAAUGCAAGAAAGAGUUUAAAAAGCUUCAAGAACAAAGGAUUGCUCUUCUUGUUAUUCAACGAAACUUACGAAAAUUCUUGCAGCUUAGAAAUUGGUUGUGGUGGAAACUAUACUCCAAAGUUAAGCCUCUUCUUAGCAUUGCUAGAGUGGAAGAUGAGUUGAGAGCACUUGAAGAGAAAUUAAAAUCAGAGCAUGAUGCUUUAGUUAAAGAAGAAAAGGUUCGUAAAGAGCUGGAGACAAACAAUGUAAAAUUAUUGCAGGAGAAAAAUGACUUGUUCCUCCAAUUGGAAGCUGAAAGAUCUAGCGCAGGUGAUUUAGAGGAAAGACUCAACAGAGCUUUGGCCCAAAAAGCAGACUUGGCUUGUCAGCUGACGGAUGUACAAGAACGGUUAACUCACGAAGAAGAUGCUCAUGUGCAGAUGGCUCAAAUAAAGAAAAAACUUGAAACAGAUCUCCAGACGUUUAAAAAGGAAGUUGAAGACUUAGAACUAGCUAUGCAAAAGGCUGAACAAGACAAAUCUUCUCGCGAUCACCAAAUUAGAAAUUUGAAUGAAGAAAUCAGUCACCAAGAUGAUUUAAUCAACAAAUUAACCAAAGAAAAGAAACACUUACAAGAAGUUAAUCAGAAAACAUCUGAGGAUUUGCAGUGUACAGAAGAUAAAGUCAAUCAUCUGAAUAAAGUCAAGAUUAAGCUGGAACAAACUUUAGAUGAGCUUGAAGAUAGCCUUGAACGAGAAAAGAAGAGCCGUGGUGAAAUGGAAAAAAUGAAACGAAAGACAGAAGGCGACUUAAAGUUGACUCAAGAGGCUCUUAUUGAUCUUGAAAAGGCUAAGAAGGAGGUUGAACAAUCCAGUCAAAGGAAAGAAAAAGAAAUGGCUAGUUUAGCUGCUAAACUUGAAGAUGAACAGAGCUUAGUCGCCAAAUUACAGAAACAAAUUAAAGAACUUCAGGCCAGAAUAGAGGAAUUAGAAGAAGAACUUGAGGCAGAAAGGCAAGCUAGAGCUAAAGCUGAAAAACAGAGAGCUGAUCUUGCCAGAGAAAUUGAAGAACUCGGUGAGAGACUAGAAGAAGCUGGUGGUGCAACUUCUGCCCAGGUGGAAUUAAACAAACGACGAGAGGCAGAAAUGACAAAACUAAGACGAGAUCUGGAGGAAUCAAACCUGCAACAUGAACAAGUUCUUUCCAAUUUACGUAAAAAGCACAAUGAUGUUAUUGCUGAAAUCAGUGAACAACUAGAUCAAACUAAUAAACACAAAGCAAGAUUAGAAAAAGAAAAGUCACAAAUGAAAGGUGAAUUAGAUGACUUACGAUCAAGUGUUGAUCACGUGAAUAAAGAAAAGGCAAACGCUGAGAAAAAUUCUAAACAAAUGGAAAUGCAACUCAUGGAUUUGCAAGGGAAAUUAGAUGAAGUCAAUCGUUCUCUUGCUGACUUUGAUGCAACAAAAAAGAAACUUUCUGUUGAAAAUGGAGAUCUUUUAAGGCAGCUAGAAGAGGCAGAAAAUCAAGUCUCCCAGCUAACAAAAUUAAAGAAUUCUCUCGCUACUCAGUUAGAUGAAGCUAAACGCACAGCAGAUGAAGAGAGUCGAGAGAGAGCAGCUAUUAUGAGCAGAUUCCGCAAUUUAGAACAUGAUAUGGACACUAUUCGGGAACAAUUAGAAGAAGAACAAGAAGCUAAGGCUGACCUCCAACGACAAUUGAGCAAAGUCAAUGCCGAAGUACAAUUGUGGAGAACUAAAUAUGAAAGUGAAGGAUUAGCCCGAUUAGAAGAACUGGAAGAUGCAAAACGAAAACUUCAAGCUAAACUUCAAGAAGCAGAUGAAUCUAUUGAACAACUAAAUGCCAAAUGUAGCAGCUUAGAAAAGACCAAAACAAGACUUCAAGGCGAACUUGAAGACAUGUCUAUUGAAGUCGAGAAGGCCAAUUCCCUCGCCAAUGCAUUAGAGAAGAAACAAAAAUCAUUUGAUAAAGUGGUGGCUGAAUGGAAGCAGAGAGUUGAUGAUUUGGCAGCAGAGUUAGAUGCCUCACAAAGAGAAUGUAGAAACUAUUCCACUGAGGUAUUUAAACUGCGAACUCAGUAUGAAGAAAGUCAAGAGCAAUAUGAAUCUGUAAGGAGAGAAAAUAAGAACUUACAAGAUGAAAUCAAGGACUUAAUGGAUCAGCUUGGAGAAGGUGGUAGGAGUGUACAUGAAUUAGAAAAGCUUCGUAAGAGGCUCGAAAUGGAAAAAGAAGAACUGCAAGCUGCACUAGAAGAAGCUGAAGCAGCACUAGAACAAGAAGAAAACAAAGUUCUUCGUGCUCAGUUAGAGUUAUCUCAAAUAAGACAAGAAAUCGAUAGACGAUUGCAAGAAAAAGAAGAGGAAUUUGAAAACACUAGAAAAAAUCACCAGAGGGCUAUUGACUCAAUGCAAGCUAGUUUAGAAGCUGAAGCUCGUGGUAAAGCAGAAGCAUUACGUCUAAAGAAAAAGUUAGAGAGUGAUAUUAAUGAACUUGAAAUCGCUUUAGAUCAUGCCAAUAAAGCUAAUGCUGAGGCACAAAAGAAUCUUAAAAAGUAUCAGUUGCAACUAAAAGAAACUCAAGCUGCUUUAGAGGAAGAAACAAGAGCAAGAGAUGAACUUAGAGAACAAUAUGCCAUGUCUGAAAGGCAUUGCAAUGCUCUUCAUGGGGAAUUGGAGGAGAGUCGACAGUUAAUGGAGCAGUCUGACAGAGCAAGAAGAGCAGCAGAAUCUGAAUUAGGUGAAUGUAGAGAUCAGUUGAAUGAACUUACAGCUAACAAUGCCUCUCUUUCUAUGGCUAAAAGGAAACUUGAAGGAGAAAUGCAAGCAUUACAUGCUGAUUUGGAUGAAAUGCUUAAUGAAGCUAAAAACUCUGAAGAGAAAGCCAAGAAAGCAAUGGUAGAUGCUGCCCGAUUAGCUGACGAGCUGAGAUCCGAACAAGAACAUGCUUUGCAACAAGAGAAGUUACGUAAAACAAUGGAACAACAAAUGAAAGACUUGCAAGUUAGGCUGGAUGAAGCUGAAGCUGCUGCAUUGAAAGGAGGGAAGAAAAUCAUUCAAAAACUUGAACAAAAAGUAAGGGAGCUGGAGAAUGAACUAGAAAAUGAACAACGAAAACACUCUGAAGCAUCUAAAAACUACCGUAAAUCAGAGCGCAGGCUUAAAGAAAUACAAUUCCAAAUGGAAGAAGAUCGCAAAAAUCACGAGAGGAUGCAAGAUCUUGUGGAUAAACUCCAGCAAAAAAUAAAGACAUAUAAGAGGCAGAUUGAAGAAGCUGAAGAGAUAGCUGCCUUGAACCUGGCAAAAUAUCGAAAGGUGCAACAAGAGUUAGAAGAUGCAGAAGAAAGAGCAGAUAUGUCAGAAAAUGCACUUGCUAAAUUGAGAGCUAAAAACAGGAGUUCUGUAUCUACAGGGAGGGGAGUUAGUCCUGGUCCAAUUGGCAAACCUGUUUCUCGAAAAAUUAAAGCAUCUGAUGACUAAAAUGUUCUGAUUGUUGGUCUUUGUCUUCUGUCAUAGCCCACAAGCAGGAUUCAUCCUAAGAAGACUUUUUCUGAAUCACCAUAUGGAAUAGGCCGCAACUCUUUCGCUCCUACAAGAUUCAGCUCUCAUGAAUACUUGGACGACAGUGAUCACUAAAUUACUCUUCAUAUAUUUUUAUUAUACUAUUAUGCUUACUUUUUAAAAAUACUGGACAAUAUUUAUAAAUUUCAGAAAUAAGACUGAACUUGAAAACUAUCUUGCACACUUAGAAUAAGAAUUGCAUUUUAUCACUCAGUAUUUCUUCAUGUAUGUGUUGCAAGAGACAUACCACUAAUUUCUGUAUACUUGCAUUGAAAUAAAGUUUCAUUUAUCUCUUGA